AUGGCUGCACGAUCUCAUCCAUCUACACCCCGGGCUGGACCCUUCACUGCGCCUGCGGCUACUCCUGCAUCCGAGGGAGGUACUCCGGGGAAAUGGCGUCACCCCCAACUCAGUGAAGUGGUCCGACGCCAAAAUGCGGCGAACUUCAGCGACAAGAACUUUCGAAGUGUGAUCUGGAAUGGAUCAACUCUUCUUUUCACCUGGGUCUUUGGAGGGACCUUGAAAUCUUAUGCGCGGCGCGUGUUCGACAGCAAGCCUGCUUAUUGCGAGCUUCCUUUGUUACUUCUGCAGGGAUUGCUGCUGUUCAAUAUUCUUUUGGCGCUUUACCCCCUUUUCAGGCCCAAGGACAACCUUUCUGACAUCUCACUCACUCCUACACAACGAGCACUGCUAGGCCUGGAUCCCAGCGUAGCACCUCCACCCCGGGGAGCACAUAUCGCCAGCCGUCGGAGUGGCUCUCCUGUGUCGUCGGCUUCCACUUUCACCGAACGACGGGGCUCCUCCGGCACCUCCUUCUCUCCCGCUUCCAGUCCUCUGUUUACUAAAACGACAAAUGCUGGAAGUCUGGAAUCCAGUCACAGACUGAGCGUUGGGUCUUCCUCGCCUUUGGCCCGAAGCAACUCCUUUGGUGAAUCAACAAUGUCCAACAUGUCUAGCAUCUCUGGCAUGUCUGUCAUGUCUGGCAUGUCCAGCAUUGGCCCCAGCACUCCAUCUCCACUGGCAGGGAAGCGUCGCAGUCUUGGAGUGAGCAACAAAUGGCUUUAUGAGAGAAGUCGCAGGCUCUCUACCAGCAACAGUGCGCUUUGA